AUGGUCAUACUCAAAGUCUGUAAGAAUGAUCUCAAUUACACUGAUGCAAUUUGUGAGAACAUGACUCAUGGUGGACUUGAUGAGAAUUCAGAGUAUCAGAACAAUGUCCAGAAGGAGACUGCCCGUUUCAAUGUAUAUAAAUCAGUGGUUGAGAACCUGGUGCCUUUCUUCUUUGUUCUUUUCCUUGGUCCAUGGAGUGAUAAGCAUGGAAGAAAAGUUCCUCUUGUGCUCAGUGUUUUGGGCACUCUCCUGAGCCAAGUUGGAGCACUUGUAAAUUCUAUUUUCAUGCACUGGCCCAAAGAGUAUUUAUUUCUAAUGGGCUCCUUGCCCUAUUCCUUUGGUGGAGGAAGCAUGUGUCUGUUCAUGAUGCUCUUCACCUACAUCAGUGAUACAUCAUCCAUAGAGACACGAACAAUUCGUGUUGCUAUCCUUGAUGCUUUUCUCUUUGCUGGAUGGCCAGCAGGGAACCUUCUUGGAGCAUAUUUGUAUAACUUGGAUUAUUCCAAGAGAUUCAUCAAUGUCUACAGUGUAGUUGUAUCCAUAUCUGCUGCCAACAUCCUCUAUUCCCUCGUACGUGUCAGAGGAAAUACACAUCUUACUUCAAAGGGAGUAAGAGAAAGUGGAAAUAUCCAAAGUGAGCUCCACAGUUCAGAGGGAAGUAGCAGUCAUUCAUGCUGCGAUGUAUUCGACGUGAGGAAUGUCAGAGAUGUUGUUGUUUCCUGUUCAAAACAAAGACCCCAUCAUCGAAGACUUGUUAUAUGGUUAUUGCUCUUUAUGCAAUUCCUUGGCAUCACUUCCAUUCAGGGAGAGAUGACUGCCAACUACUUGUUUGUGCAGAAGCAGUAUGGAUGGACAGAAUGGGAUUACAGUUUGUAUCUUUUGAUAGGAUUUUUGUUCACUACAGUUGGGACUGUCUGUGGUGUCCCUCUCCUAACAAAAUUUUUUCAUGCUUCUGAUCCCAUGAUGGCUGGCAUUGCAACAUUCUUCCAGAUUCUCUCUCGUCUUGCAUCUGCAUUUGCCCCCACUGGUUGGUUCUACACAGCAGCUGCCGUAUUGACAUUGUUCUCCCACGUGAUGAGCUUUGUUGCCCGCUCUAUGCUUUCCAAAUGUGUCCCUCAGCAGGAGCUAGGGAAGGUAUUUGCGAUGCUUGCUGUUGUUGAAGCCAUUGUUCCCAUGUUUGGUGGAAGCCUGUAUGGAACAAUAUAUGCAGAGACUGUGGAUUGGUUCCCUGGGACCUUCUAUCUCAUCUCUGCAUUUUUAUUACUCAUCUCUCAAGCAUUGGGGUUGUAA